GCUGUUGAGACAGAGAGAUAAGAGGGGUCACUCGUCUCAUCUGUGAGCUCGAUUUUUGCAUCAAUGGCUUCUUCAGCUUUAGCGAAUUUCCUAUCUAUUUUCACACCAUUAAAAGCUCCAACACAACCGUCCAAAGCUCUACCGUCGCACCUCUCUCUCUCCAACGAUUCCUCAUCGAAGCACAAAGAUGCGUUUGCCCCAUUGGUUGCUUCUUCUUCAUCAUCAUCUUCUUCUUGCUCCAAUGAUUUGAUGUCUGUGGUUUGCCCAUCUCUGGCAUACGCCAACACUCUGUACUUCAAUUCGGCAUAUAACGUUCAGGUCAUCGUGGAGGACAACGAGCCGGAGGAGAAGCUACUAGGACGAUUCCGUAGAGAGGUUAUGAAGGCUGGCGUCAUCCAGGAAUGUAAGCGUCGCAGGUACUUCGAGAACAAACAAGAAGAGAAAAAACGCAAGACUCGCGAGGCUGCAAAGCGCAAUCGGCGCAGACGCACGCCUUUUAGAAACCCGAACGAUGAUAAGGUGGAAAGUGUGAACAAGAAGAGGGAAGAUGACGAUGAUAACUGGGACAUGCCUAGUGAUAGCCCUCUAAAUUAAGUUGCUCCUAUAAUGUUAUCUAUGUAACUUGUACGGCAUAUAUAUUUGUGUAGAAAUUGAUGUUCAUGGAUCGUGUUCUUUUUGAUUUAGCGUGUAUGAGAAAAUGCUAAACACAUGUUUUGUUAAAUCUUACAAGAGACUAAUCAUAUCUGUUUUAUA